AUGCACCAGCAGCUAUUGCUGCUGAGUUUGGCUGUCUCCUUCCUCCUCUUCAACUUCGCAGUUAUUUCAACAGAUUUUCGUGCAUUUGGAAAUCUACCCAACGAAUUCAUCCUCGCUGAUGACACUCCCUCAGACCACAUGGUUGGCAAGGUGCAACCCCCUCUAGACAGCUCCAUCACAUUCCCACCCACUAGCAUUAUUAGCGCCCACCGGCAGCCGUGGCACUUCCAGAUCUUUCGGCCACACAAAGUUCCUGGACGGCUGUUCCGCAUUGACCCGGAGUCUGGUGAACUUUACACCCUCCAGAUCAUUGACCACGAGGCCUUCUGCACCGAUCCCGAAGAGUCAGAGUGCAUUCUGGCCUUUCAGGUCACAGCGCAGUCGAAAAGCACUCUAAGUGUGCCACACUUUAUCGAUGUCAAGGUCCUCAUUGUCGACCGAAAUGAUCACGUACCUGAAUUUCCUGACCCAGGGUUCGUGAACCUCUCAGUACCGGAGUCCACUGAGGUCGGUGCGCGGUUUCCCCUGCCUCUGGCACGUGACCCCGACACCCGUCAGUACUCCGUCAAUGCCUACGUGGCCGAUUCGGAGAUCCCUAGUGAAUGGUCUCUAGUGACUGAAACCGCCAGUGGAGAAGAGAACUUUAUUUACUCGAAGGUGUCACCAUCCUCUUCGUUCAACAGAAUAACUGGUCUCUACCUCAAGUUGCAGAAGUCACUGGACUACGAGACAAAGAAGAAAUUCACAUUUAAAAUCCGAGCCCUAGAUGGUUCAGAGGUGAAUGAUUUUGCUCCGAUCGGCAAUAGGAAGGAUGUCCUACAGGUUUACAUCUACGUGGAAGACAUUAAUGACAAUGGACCCGUGUUUAGACCACAGAGGAAAUCCUAUUCACUAACCCCAUCGAAAGCACAACUAAGCAAUUGGAUGGUAACAUACACGGCGACAGUGCCAGAGAGUAAGUGGAUAAAAGACCCCAUUCUGAAGCUGGUUGCUGAUGAUUUAGACGGCCCUGCAAACUCAAAAGUCGGUUAUUACUUCGCACCUGCAACUAGCAAGCAAGUACAAGAACACUUUAAUCUAAACCCUCUCAACGGCUACCUAUUCCUACGAAAACCUCUAGACUAUGAGCUGCAGUCCGAAUAUUCCUUCCGAGUAAUUGCAACCGACAUGCCAGAGGAAAGCCCCCGUAGUGGCAUGGUGCACGGUCAGCCCUUUCAGACCUCACCGAGCCUGCAUACCGCCACAGCUCAGGUUGUGAUCACAGUCACAGACACUAACGAUGAGGCACCAGAGAUUGAAGUGGACUUCAUCUCCAGUGAGCCCAACACAUCACCUCUCGCGAUUAAGUACGCGGAGAUCGAGGAGAAUGCUGCGCCGCCGCAAUUCAUCGCAAGCAUCCAGGCGACUGACAGGGACGGUGGACUAAGCGGGCAGGUGAGCUGUGUGCAGCAGCCUGUGAUGGCGCUAUGGCUUAGACCGACAACAGCCAUAAACUCCACUAAUUCACCAUUCCAGCUGGAUGAGAUUCGCCAGGAAAAUGGAAGGGUGCAGUACCGGUUACUGACGAGGAAGGCGUUGGAUCGAGAGGAUAUGGAAAACGGUGGAGCCUACCGUCAGGUAAAGAUCAUCUGCGCCGACAUGGGGCAACCUCCGCGAACAUCUAGCACCUUUGUAAAAAUUAGGAUUCGUGAUAAAAACGACAAUACACCCACCAUAAAUUUAAGACGAUCGGCAGAUUAUGCUUACGGUUUGAAGUCCAUAGAAGGCGAUAAGUGGCCCUUCGUCUUUGAAAAUGCGCCAGUUGGAAGCUUAGUAACACGCCUGAACGCUUCUGAUUUAGACGAGGGCGAAAACAGUCGUCUCACUUUUAGUUUUGUAGCCGAUGAGCCACCGAGUGGGACAAUUAGCCCUCUAAGCCUUUUCCAAAUCAACGAAAAGACAGGAGAUAUUACAACCUGUAUGGACAUAGAUAGGGAAGCAUAUGAUCCACCUCUCUCAAGUGUUGUUUUGAAAGUCAAGGUUUCUGACAAUGGUACACCUCCCAAGUCUGCAACCCAAGAAGUCCGAAUCCAUAUUCUUGAUGAGAAUGACAAUGACCCAGUCUUUCAACGGACUGAAUACCAAUUUCAUAUGAUGGAGAAUCUUCCCACAGGUUACGCUGUAGGCGAGAUCUUAGUCACAGACAAGGACGAAGGAGAGAUAAAGCUUAGUUUUGGAAUGCAAAGCUACGGUCCUCUCCCAUUUACCAUCUGGCCCAGUCCAUUCCGCAGCGGAAUCGAACAUGGAGCGUAUUCUAUGACGCGGUUCAUUUUAAAUACCACCAGACCUCUUGACAGAGAGGUGGAACAUAAGUUCAAAUUUACUCUUCUCGCUACAGAUGGACCCGGUGGCCAUAGUAAGUCUAGAGCAGGCACGGCUACCGCUACAGUCGAAAUUGUUGUAGAAAAUGAAAAUGACAACGACCCUGUGAUAAUAUUUCCACAAAAGCAAAAUAAAACCUUUUACCUCUCCUGGCGGGAGAAGAAAAACUUCGAGCUUCUUACGAUCAAUGCAAAUGACAAAGACCCCUCGGAAAAUCCUCACAUCUUUGACCUGAUGAGGGGUCCGUUAGACAUCCAAAUGAUAAACUACAGCAGCGAAAACGAAACGAAAAAAGAUGCUGAGGUUAUCCAGAGUUCCGACUUUUUGGACAUUGAGCCGACGACAGGGAUAAUAUUUCUAUCCCGUGACAUGCGAGAAGAGGACAAAGGAGUACAUGUCUUCAAAGUGCAAGUCACUGACGCCGGUGUACCCCCAAGGUCCAGCUCAAUAACUUUUUUCGUUCUAGUAGACGACUCUUCACCUAGAUCAUCACUCCACGAAAGCAAUGCAGCAGUGGCUAAAGCCAGCAGUAAAUUCGCUGUGAAUGUUGGUCGUCCACCUUUAAAAAAGCCAAGUAUUAUCGUCAAUGGUAACCAGGUCAGUGACCGCAAGCAUUCUCCUGCUAUUGGGACAAAGCAGAAGCCACGAAUUGCAGGCGAUUUGGUUGUUCUCCUCGCUUUGGGCUUAGUUUUUCUUCUUCUCAUCGCGACGUUGAGUCUUGUUGUCUACUUCCGCUACUGGAAGAAGCAAGCUCGUUUGACCCAACCAAAUGGCAAUCGAGGAUCACUACUGUUUGCUAAUCAGGUAAAUCGCAGUGGAAGCACAUGUAUGAAAGAAAUUCGGAUGCCCACGACAAAACAAGACCAAUGGCUGUGCACCAGCAAUGGGUCCAUAAUCAGCGUUCAUUCCCCAUCCCAGUUGUUGAACGAUGGAGAUCAAAUGAAAAACCUCUUCUCAGCAGUCAUUUCGUCAUCGGACAGCACUGGAAAUAUCUACUAUAAGGCAAAAGCGGAUACGCUGAGCUCGGGAAAGAGUGGAAAUGACAGUGCAGCUGCAUAUUCCUCCCUUUCGCCCGUAACUUCAGUGGUGCUAAAACCCGCCUUGGUGCCAGGUUGUGAGGGCUACUUGCAUCCCGAGUCGCAACUCGCGUACUACGCUCAAAACAUUCACGUGUUGGGAGCUCAAUCCAAAGAUCGUUCGAUCCUCCUUCCGCAAAGAAAUACCAUGGACAGAGGCACAUUCAGGAACAUUACAGCCAUUAAACAGCAGCAGGAACAACAGCACCAGAAUGAAGUGCUGGUGAUUCCGCCAGUUUCUUGGGAUUGCCAAUCAAGAAGCGACUCCUCAUUGAAACAGGAGGAGUUAGGAAUGAUGUCACAGACAGAGAAAAGAAGUGAGGCAGAUGUGAGUCCCUUUUGCUCUCCUUUUGCUUGA